CUCCGACUGACAGUAACUCAAGAAAUGUAAACAAACAUCAUAAUUAGCUGCUUCACAGAACGUGCCUUUUACUGCACCAAAAACUAAAAAUGUUUAAUAGAUAAUCUACAAAUCUACAAAUUAUUCUUCCCCUAGUGAUGGCGGCAAAGUGUAAUUUAUUUGCUUUUAGCCUUAAACCGAAGAAGAAAACUCCACCGGAACUCUCGCAAACACUGCCACUGCCGGUGCCGGUUGAUGGCGAGCCCUUGCCGAUAGAAGCCAUCUUUACGGGAUACACAAUUGAUGUCGUAAAUCCCGUCGAUAUACGGCUGCUAUGCUUAAAUGGAGGUUUCGGGCAGGGCAUGUUGUCUCGCGCAUUCCCGGUUUGCAUGACAAACGCGCGAGACGCGACACGCAAAAGGAAACGGCAUCUGCCCGCAUCGACGCAAGACCCGAGUGCUGGGAUGAUCGAGGAACCGCUCUGCUUAUUUUUAGAGGAAGCCUUCUUCCUGAUGCAUGUGUUGAACAUUUUGUGCCUUAAAGACACGCGCGGGAACACGAUCAGCGUUGCGCAGGCAUUUGCAAAGUUCCGGACAGUGAAGCGCAACUUCCUGGCGUGCUACUGUGCUUAUUUGUAUCUGAAGUCGAAAAAUUGGAUCAUUAAAAGUGGAAUCAAGUUUGGAGGAGAUUUUGUGAUUUACGUAAAAGGACCACAGUUUUAUCAUGCGUCCUACAUCGUACUAAUACAGGAAGUGUUCGAUGGCGCAGAUAUGCAAUCUUCCGCAGUCGAUGGAUUAGAUUUUCAAGGAUUUAAUCGUAUCGCGGAAACCACCGGAAAGGAUUUACUGUUCCUAGAGGUGCACUAUCCCUCCGCUCUUGAUCUGUCGGACGAUGCGGCCUGUUUGGAGCGGGUAAAAGACGUUCACGUUGCCGAAACGUUUACCAAGCAUCAUAAUUAUCUAGCAGCACGCAAUCAUACUUAAAAUAGAAUCUAUGUCUCAUGAAGCAAUCCCACAAAUCAUCCUAAAUUGUACACGGAAUUUUCAUAGUUGCAUCCAGUGAUGUAUCGUCGGGAAAGUACCUUCCUACCCGGCGUGGUACUCAAUAGGACACGUGUAUUUAGCUUAGAUUGGUAUCUUCUGCACCACGGAUUUAGGUAAACAGCGUUGCGAAAAAAACGAUAGAUGAAGAAGGUCGGAAUUGGUAUGGAAAAGUUAAAUAGGUACUAAACACGAUAAACGCAAUGUCUAACACAACAACGCAUGCUGCACAAUGUAGUUAGUUUUUUGUCUGGAGUUUGCCAGUUGGAGGCUGAAAUCAUGUACAGUCUGUUCCCGAGUUACGCGGUUUCUGCGUUCCCGACGAAUCCGCGUAACUCGAAUAUCCGCCCCUGGAACCCUGGAAUCGCCUAGUUAGUUAGGCUAUCGCUGAUUGAAGCUGAGGGGUCGAGGGUGCGGUCACGCUCACCAUACCGCGUGCUAAGUGUGUACCGAGGUGCAAGGUUGCAAUAGAGCUAUCGGGCGAGCAGAUUGUCUCACCCGCGGCUAUCCAGAAUGGAGGAAAAAUUGGACGAGCAGACACGGCUAUUGUCGAUGUUGAUCGAGCAAACAGUAGCUGCUCGACAACCCGAUGCGGAAUGGCAUUCGGCGAAUGAAGAUGAGGUACAGGAGCAGGUGCCGCAGCUGAGCAGCGAAGAGCACAACGCGAAAGAGGAAACGGAAGAGGAUCAGGAUGACGAGCAGGAACGUCAUGAGGAGCAUGAGGCAGCGCCAGAAAUCCCGGUUCUGCCAAUAAGAACCGUGAAUGACUUUUUUGUAUUGAACUCUAGCUGUGCCGGAAACGAAGAGUUUGUACAGCAAAUGGCGGAAGAAUUACAACAGGAGGUGGUCGCAUCGCAAACGAGAGCCCGGAAUGUAAGACGAGUGUUGGAGACUCUCGUCACGUACGACGUCCUUUGCAAAUUUAGCUGGACUGGGAGAGGUGCCAUCACCGACUACACUCCCAAGUACAAAUUCGGGAACCAGACUGGCAUCAUCGCUCUGCUGGUGAAAGCCCUAUGUUUUGGGUUAAAUGCAGAGCAGGUGGAGAAGGAGCGGCCUAUUAUAAUCGCCAGCCUAAAGAACCAUGUCAAACACUCGUCCCAAAACAAGACGCGAAUCUGCCGGAGGCAGCAAGGAAUGAAAGGCUCCAAUCGCUGAAGUGGGUGGAAUCGCAACCGUAACAGAGCAACAUCAAGCAAAUUAUCGAGACGCUAGCCGGUUACAGCAUCUUAUGUAAGUUUAGUUGGACUUUAAGAGGGACUCUGCUCCGGUAUGGACGUCUCCUCCAGAUUAGCAACCCAGUUUUAGAAUGUCUGGUACCGAGUGCCAGCGUUCAGUGUCGUGCCCGGCGGGAGACACAUCCUGAAAGCCGUUGUCGAAUACUCCCAUUCCAUCACCAGGCCCUGGCAUACCCAGUUUGAUCGAAAUGGAACGAGGCGAAACAUACGCUACCUUCAAAGGACUGCAGUCCUUCUUGGAUAGAUCAUGGCGAUCCAGGACAGUACACCCUCCAAUGUAUACAGUGUGUUUAGUGUUUAAAUAAAGAGCCAAAGAUAACCGUAAUAAACAACCUUACAUUUGGA